AUGUUUGGAAGGAAAAUUAAAACUAGGUUAGAUCAAUUAUAUAUUCCUAUAGAAAAAAAUAAGUAUGUAAAAAGAUUUAGAAAAGUAUAUUUUAAAGAAGGAGACAUAGUUUAUGCUAGGGAUUAUUCCAACCCUAAUAAAAAAGAGUGGAAGAAAGGAACAGUCGAAGAAGUGUUAGGUGAUAGAAUAUAUUUAGUUAGAUUAGAAAAAGGAAAUGUGAUAUGGAGGAGACACGUUGACCAACUAAUAGAAGUAGGUAAGAUAAAUGAAAAGAGUUAUGAAAUAGAAGAAAAUGAGAAAGGAGAAGAACAAACAGAACUGGAGGAAAAGAAAAUUAAUGAGGUAAAAGAAGAAGCUUUUGAUAAAAAAAAAUAUGAAAUAAAUGAAAGUUUAGAAAAGGAAGUAGAAGUUCCUUUACCAAAAAGAUCUAAGAGAAAAAGAAAAAAACCAGAUAGGUUGAACAUAUAA